AUGUUCUCCAAACUGAAGAGCUCGACACAAGUGAGCGGAUCAUAUCCAUCGCCGGUAGACUUGAAUCCAAUUUGUCAAUACUUUGAGAUCGGCAAACAAGUGGCCAGUGCUGGUCCCGAGUUGGCCUGGAAGAUAUUUGACGCUAACAGGAAAACAGAUAAAAAGGAGGCGUCAGUGUUUUUCUUUGACAAAAGAGUAGCUGAAAAACUUCAUAAACCAAAACGCAAAGAAACGAUUGCAGAGAUAUUAAGAUUUAGUGUCAGACAAUUGGAUCGCUUAAGACAUCCAAAAAUGUUAACACUUUUGCAUUCAGUGGAGGAAUCGAGUGAUACACUGGCCUUUGCCACCGAACCAGUUAUGGCCAGUUUGGCCAACAUUUUAGGCACUUUAGAUGACCGACUACCACAACAUUUGCCAAAACAUAUCCGCGAAUAUACACUCCUAGACUUUGAAAUAAAAUAUGGAUUAUUACAGAUAACUGAAGCACUGCUAUAUUUGCACUACUCUUGCAAAUUGAUUCAUCGCAAUGUAUGUCCACAAUCUGUGAUCAUCAAUAAGAGGGGGACCUGGAAGUUGGCUGGACUUGAAUUCACUGAGAAGUGUGCCGAUGGAGACCUAUUGUCCUCAAUUGCGGUGCAAUCGUAUACCUCAAAGUUACCGAAGAUGGCUCAGCCAGACCUCGACUAUACGGCACCUGAAGUUCAAAGUGUUUCGAGUUGUAGUACAAUGAGUGAUAUGUUUUCGUUAGGUUUACUAAUAACGAGUCUCUAUAAUAACCGUCGAUCUCUUAUGGAGUGUAAUCUUAAUGGUUCUCAUUAUUCAAAACAAUUAGAUUCGAUUGAACAGCGUUUACAUGAAAUACUAGAUCAUAUACCCCAUCAUCUACAGGAUCCUCUACAAGGACUUCUUGAAAUUGAUCCAAGAAGACGACCAAAUUCACAAAACUUUUCAAUGAUAAAAUAUUUUAUGGAUUCUGGAGUCCAUGCUUUACAGUAUUUGGAUGUAAUUCAGAUGAAAGACUCGACACAUAAGUCUAAUUUUUAUCACAACCUUAAGGGCGCCCUUUCAAGUAUUCCUAAGAAGAUGUGGUGGCAACACAUAUUGCCAUCGAUGGAGACUGAGUUGCAAAGCCCAGAGGUAUUGGCGGCCGCAUUGCAACCAAUUAUAUAUAUGAUCGAAGAGUCUUCAGUAGAUGAAUAUCAAGAUAUAAUUCUUCCGUUUAUAAGAAAUAUAUUCCUAAUGCCAAAGUCAGUACAGGCAACAGUCACUCUAUUGGAAAACAUUGAUAUAUUGAUUGGCAAAACAGCUCAAAGCGACUUAAAAACCGAUGUCUUACCCAUGCUUUACGCCUCUUUCGACUCUUCAACACCUCAAAUACAGUGUGCGGCUCUAUCAGCAGUGGCUCAAGUAAUAGAUCAUUUGGAUGAUAACACCAUAAGAAAGAUGGUUUUGCCCAAAACCAAACAGAUUUUUGAAAAUAAUUGUGGAGUUAAGGAAGAGUCAUUGCUUCGGGUUCAGGCAAAUGCAUUGAUUUGUGUGGAGAGAGUGAUCGACAAUCUCGACAAAACCGAAAUCCUCGACGACGUACUCCCUAUGCUAUCUAAGGCUAAACUAUACGAUCCAUUCAUUUUGAUGCCCGUUAUAAGAAUGUAUAAACACAUGUUGGGUGAUAAACGGUAUGGACUGACUAAUAAUUUAUUAGCGAAUAAAGUUAUGCCAACACUAAUACCGGCUGUCGUUAGUCCAACUUUGAAAUUAGAUGAGUUUAAUCAAUUAAUGGAGUUAUUGACGGAAAUGUUAGAACAUGUGGCCAAAAGUCAGAGAAAUAAAAUAAAACUCGAAAAACAUAUUCCAUCUCAAGAAAAGGUACCCCCACCUCCACAGCAACACACUAUUGAGCAACCAAUAGGUUAUCCACACAGACCUCCAUCAUUAAGAUUAGAGUCUCGUCGGACAUCCAUUAGUAUGGAUGAUGUGGUUCGUCGUACAUCUUCAGCCUCGGCCUCGUCGAGUCCCGAUUCAAAUCUACUUCGAGUUCAGGCCAACCUUCCUGGUAGACGUCACUCAGAUAAUACAAUACAACCGCCACGAAUACUUGUUGCUCCAUCCAGUCCUACCGGAUCUUACUCACUAUCUCGAGGUCCCAGUGCUUCAAAUCUUCAUAUGAGACGCCAUUCUAGUGUUGGACCACAAGACCCGAAAUUUUCAUUUUUGUCGUCCACAACACAUAAGCCAUUCACAGCAAAUCUGGGAUUAGACUCAUUUUUGUCGGGUCGUACAAGUGGUCGACGAUAUUCAGCUGUUCCCACAUUUAAUACAAUACCAACAUUUCAUCACUCGAAGAAUACAUCGGCUAAUUUGCUACAAACUAUUGGAACCGGAGUCCAACAACUUUUUGGAAAAUGA